CCACCAUCUUGUUUCCCUUUUAUUUUUAAGUAAUUUCAUUCAAAUCUAAGCUUACAUUGCAUUCAUUCUCCCUCCAUGGACUUUCUCAGUCCUAGUACUAGUUCAGUUCGCUUGCAUUCUUUAUUCCCUUCACACGGCGGCAAUCAAAAUAUUCUAUAGACACCUGUCUGCACGCCCGAGGCUUACCCUAUAAGAGGUCCACAGUCUCAGCUCGGGCUGUCCAUCAAGCACCCCCAUGUCUAUCCACAGCUUACCAGUCGAGCUUCUUGAUACCGUCGCCCAGUAUCUUCCUUCUUCUUCUCUCGCUGCUCUUGCUCAAACUUGCUCCACUCUCUGUCCAGUGGCUCAACGCGUCCUCUACUGCACUGUCUCUGCUUCCGUUUGGUCCCAGAACUUAUGUGUCGUUGACACUCUCGCAAAGAAACCGCAUGUCGCGCGUUUCGUGCGGUCCUUUUACAUUGCCAUAGAUUCCCUUGCGCCUGUCUUACUUGCCUUUUAUCGCAAACUUACAAAAGCCAUUCUUAAUAUGUCAGAGUUGACCUCUCUUUCUCUCCUCGUGGAUUCGAGCGUGAGCUGGGUGUUGAAGGAAGCGUCAAGUCGUAUCCACUUCCCCCAUUUGUUUCACUUCACCUGUUCAUUUCCUUUCGAUGAAAACGUCGCCAGGUUCCUUGAUAGGACCCCGGCCCUUCUUGAGCUUGAAGUAGAUUCUAUCCCUACCUUGUUCACACCCGAUUCCCCGCCUCCUUACCUUGCUCCAACUUCUAUUCCCCAACUGGAACAGUUCAUUGGAUCCACCCGGACAGCCGAAUUGAUCAUUCCCGGCCGUCCGCUGAGGAGUAUUCAUCUCAAUGGCGGAGGUCUUUCGGAGGAUGAUAUUCCUCUGCUUGCCCGCUCGACUGCCCCUGUAGUCAUUCUGGGAACUGUCACAAAUUCACCUCCUGUCCCUUUCCUGGAGACGUUGCACAGACAUGUGCCUCACUUAAUCUAUUUGCGAGUCAUGUCAACCAAGGACAUCUUCAAGGCUCCCACUGCCGAAUUCUAUGAGCAGGUGGCCAAUGUUCUGACGUCCUUCGCAGAGCUCAGCGCAUUCGAGCUCUCCGGGAUGCAUUGGGGCUCUCAAGCCAAGCAAAAUGAUGGCGCAAAGAGGGUUUGGCAAUCAGCGCCCCUCCAAACCAGGAGCCGUCCUGAUGAUGACCUACUUUUUGGCUCAGAAAUCUUCCUUGCAUAUUGAUUACACUUUGACGCGUACUUCUAGAGCAUAAACUUCCAGGUAAUUAUAUCGAUCAGUGCAGUAUACUCUUUUUCGUCACUCCAUAUGAAUUCACGCAGUAGUCUAACUUAAAGCAUUUAUUCCGAGUACAUCUCUAAUAUGAUAUAAGA